UCACAGGGCUGCUGGGGUGAGAGCGCAGGCUCAGCCGCUGUCGCCAGUGGGACAGCAAAGGGUCACUCUAAAAAUUGCUGCUGGGACUUGUCAGGUGGCUGCUGGUGGCUCCUCACCGGAUUUUCCUUCUCCCUUUCUCUCUCUCUCCCCAGAUUGCUUCCCAAGAGGAGUCUGCUGCUGAAACUUCAUCACCACAAGUCGGGGAGGCCACUUCACACAGGAGGCCAGCUCUUGCCUGUGAGUGUUUGCCAACAUGGCCCCCAAGAAGAAGACUGUCAGAAAGAACAAAGGAGAUAUCAAUGAGAUGACCAUAAUUGUAGAAGAUAGCCCACUAAACAAACUAAAUACUCUGAAUGGAAUCCUAGAGGGAGGCAAUGGCCUUAGCUGCCUUUCUUCUGAAUUAACAGAUGCUUCUUAUGGCCCCAACCUCUUGGAAGGUUUAAGUAAAAUGCGGCAGGAGAGUUUCCUUUGUGACUUAGUCAUUGGCACCAAAACCAAAUCCUUUGAUGUUCACAAGUCAGUGAUGGCUUCAUGCAGUGAGUACUUUUACAACAUCCUAAAAAAGGACCCAUCCACACAAAGGGUGGAUCUGAAUGACAUCGCACCACUGGGCCUGGCCACUGUCAUUGCAUAUGCCUACACUGGAAAGCUGACCCUCUCCUUGUAUACAAUAGGAAGCAUUAUUUCUGCCGCUGUUUAUCUUCAGAUCCAUACCCUUGUAAAGAUGUGCAGUGAUUUUCUGAUCCGAGAGAUGAAUGUUGAGAAUUGCAUGUACAUUGCUAACAUUGCUGAAACAUAUUCUCUGAAAACUGCAAAAGCAGCCGCCCACAAAUUUAUCCGGGAUAACUUCCUUGAAUUUGCAGAAUCAGAUCAGUUCAUGAAACUUACAUUUGAGCAAAUUAACGAACUUCUUGUAGAUGAUGACUUACAGUUGCCUUCUGAAAUAGUAGCAUUCCAGACUGCUAUGAAAUGGUUAGAAUUUGACCAAAAGAGGGUGAAAUAUGCUGCCGAUCUUUUGAGUAAUAUUCGCUUUGGUACUAUCUCCGCACAAGACCUGGUCAAUUAUGUUCAGUCUGUACCAAGAAUGAUGCAAGAUGCCGAUUGUCACAAACUUCUCGUGGAUGCUAUGAACUACCACUUACUUCCAUAUCAUCAAAACACAUUGCAGUCUAGGCGCACGAGAAUCCGUGGGGGCUAUCGAGUCCUUGUCACUGUUGGAGGACGUCCAGGCCUUACUGAGAAGUCCCUUAGUAGAGAUAUCUUGUAUAGAGACCCUGAAAAUGGAUGGAGCAAGCUUACAGAAAUGCCAGCCAAGAGUUUUAAUCAGUGUGUGGCUGUGAUGGAUGGAUUUCUUUACGUGGCCGGUGGUGAAGACCAGAAUGAUGCAAGAAAUCAAGCCAAGCAUGCAGUCAGCAAUUUCUGCAGAUACGAUCCCCGCUUCAACACCUGGAUACACCUGGCCAGCAUGAACCAGAAGCGCACGCACUUCAGCCUGAGCGUGUUCAACGGGCUCCUUUACGCCGUGGGCGGUCGCAAUACAGAAGGCAGCCUGGCCUCGCUGGAGUGCUACGUGCCCUCCACCAAUCAGUGGCAGCCGAAGACGCCCCUGGAGGUGGCGCGGUGCUGCCACGCCAGCGCGGUCACCGACGGCCGAGUGCUGGUGACCGGCGGCUACAUCAGCAACGCGUACUCGCGGUCGGUGUGUGCGUACGACCCGGCCAGCGACUCGUGGCAGGAGCUGCCGGACCUGAGCACGCCAAGAGGCUGGCACUGCGCAGUCACCCUGGGCGACAGGGUGUAUGUGAUGGGGGGUAGCCAGGUGGGGCCGCGCGGGGAGCGCGUGGACGUGCUGACCGUGGAGUGCUACAGCCCGGCCACCCGCCAGUGGAGCUACGCGGCGCCGCUGCAGGUGGGCGUGAGCACGGCCGGUGCCUCGGCGCUGCACGGCCGCGUCUAUCUGGUGGGUGGCUGGAACGAGGGCGAGAAGAAGUACAAGAAGUGCAUCCAGUGCUUCAACCCUGAGCUCAACGAGUGGACGGAGGACGACGAGCUGCCGGAGGCCACUGUGGGCGUGUCCUGCUGUACCCUUUCGAUGCCCAACAACGUGACCCGGGAAUCCCGAGCCAGCUCGGUGUCCUCCGUGCCAGUCAGUAUCUGAACCCAGGUAGAUGCGGAGACGCGGGAAUAACAAAUAUGUAUUUGUGGUUAACCUUUGAGUCAGCAAAAAGGAAAAUAUAUAGCAUUUACUACAAUGAUUGUAUUUUAAGAUAUAUCGAGGCAUACGUCUUGAUGGGUUUAAAUUCCUGAUAUGGCAUAAUCUACCUCUGUGUGAUUUUAUUAUAGCAAAAUACAGAGCCAUAGUCAAUAAUGAAAAAUAGAAUUUAUGUAAACGGCCACUGGGUGGCAGACAGAAUUCAUUGUAGCCACUCUUCCAUUGUAAGCACUCGACUCCUAAAUGUAUAGCGGUAACACCCACAUUUGAGAUAAAUUCCUCCACACUUUAGUACACAUGACACUUAUGUGAGUAAACGAUUUCACACACAAACGUUUAUAUCCCUCUCUCCCUUUUUUUCUUUCGGAAGUUGAAAAUAUCCAUUGAUAGGUUUAAUUUUAAAUUGGAAAUCCACCUAUAGCCAUAAACACUUAAGAUUUAAUUCUAUAUUUAAAUGCAAUUUCUCUUCCUAUACUCGUACAUGACUGAGUGAAGGAUUUUGAAAGGCAUCCCAUGACAGAAUCAUAAAGCUUAAAACAAAAAUCUUACUAGAAAGUAACUGGGAUUCCACCCAAGGAGUAAGUUUCUACCCUGUCAAGUUGAUGCCUUCGGCGUAUCCACGAUUCCCUCAUUCCUCCAUGCCUCAGUCCCCAGUGUAUUUCCUAUCAUAAAAUCUAGUCCUCAAAAAAGGAACUAAUAUUAGUCAUUUAGUUUGUAGUGUAAAUUUAAAUCAUUUUGUUGUUUCUCCUAGAAGUAUUUGCACUUUAACCUUUGUUCCUUACUGGAGGAGCAAUUCCUUCAAGGAUCCUGGGAGCCUUACUCCAAACCUGAAAACUACAUCAACAUGGUUAAAAGCAACCUUGACCCUAAUGUUCUUUCCUGGGAAGAACACCAAAUAAAAUUAUGUCCUUAAGGAUUAUUAACUUAAAGUUGAUAUAGCCUAAUUUGAUUUCUCCCCCUCUUUUAUAUGGAUGAAAAUGAAGGAUUUAAAACUCUUGGAUUCGCCGAUAACUGGAUGACUGGGUUCUGUUGAUAGAUGCCAUUGUUUCCCAUAUCAUAGCAGUCCUCCUGAUUUCUUAAUUAAAAAUCUAAUACAUUCAUUUCACAUAGAAAUAUUAAAAUAAUAAGGCCCACUCUGUUAUAUAUUUUAACCUCAUCUGCUCCAAAUUAGCUUUGUGAAAUAAUGUGUAUCCACUUGAUACCAUUUUUCAUACAUGUUUGCCGAGUUUGGAGCAAGGGAAUGAUUGUUGUAAAUGAUACAUAUUUUCCUUUCUUAUAAUUUAUCACUUUAUUCUUUGAUAGUUUGUUUUGGAGAGGAAGUGGCCUAUCAACUAUGGGUUAUGUGCAGUUGGAUUUUGAAAAAUAAAGCAAACUAUUUAAAUAGUUAAAUGAGCUAUAUGGAAAUAUAACUGGGUUUUCAUUAAUCCCAUCCUCUCCCACCUUGUGUAGAUAGAUUAUUGCUAGGGUUACAAUAGUUAUAUUUAAAAUAUGUUAUUGGCACUGUGAAAAGUGUUCCAUAUAGUACACUUUGUGGAACAAUUUCGUAUCAUUGCCCCUUAUGAAAAGUUCAAUUUCUGUGCAUUUAAUGGUAACACUCAGGUAAUGGCUAAAGCACAGUAAGUUAUAAACUAGAUAUUAAUAAAAAACACUAGGCUGCUUUUUCACCCCUCACAGAGCUUGAGGAGCUUCUUCAAAUACAGAGCAUAUCUAAAGACACCUGCUCCCUUGACGCUUUAUCUGCCCAGGAUGUUAAAUAAAGCUGUGUGAGAAACUAGUUUGUGGAGCAAGUUAAAUCACGGAGCUCUGAAUUUACCAAAGUACAACCUAUAAUACUCUUUUGUCUUUGCAGCAUCAUUGGUAAAAUAAACUUUCCAUUUUUAAUAAAUUAUUUUCACGGUUUCUCCAUGUUUCCCAACUGGAAAAUUACUUCAUUUUUAUUAUGUUUUCAGCUUACAUUCAAUUACACUCCCAAGUCUUAGGAUCUAACCCUGUACCUCUUUUUAUUUUUCUGAAAGAAAAGGACUUAUUUUUGUCAUGCCAGAGCCCUGUGAUUAAAUAAAAGCAUCAGUUCAGUGUAUCAGAGAAAUAACGUGUUACCCGUCCAUUGAAAUAAUGGAACUCAAUUUCUCAUUUUCUGAAUGGGCCAGAGACCACAUGGGAAAGUCUCCAGGAAGCCAAACUUUAAUGUAGUCUGUCCCUUUUUAGUUAGGUUCUUGGUGCCGAGUAGCCAUCCCUGGUGUACUAGUUGCUCUCCUUGGCAUUGAAUGAGUUUUAUUUUUACUUCCUGUGUUGUAAGAAUGGUUAUGAAUAGAAAGUCAGUGAUGGUACAGAUUAUAAUUCUAAAUGAUGAGGAGAUGGUAGUGGAGUGUUGUCAGUGAGGAGGUAUAACUGAGCUAAUAAGGAAGUGAAGUUGUACUGAAUGGCUCUAUGAUUUAAGGCAAAGCAGUAACUAUAGUAAGUGUAUUUUACACACGUGCCUGCAGAUAGAGGUUUACCUGGAAACAUGGAAGUGUUAAAAGGUCCUUUUUUUUUUUUUUUUUUGCUGGUUAUUCUGGCCAAAUAUCUUCAGAAUUCAUCCAAGUUGCUAGAUAAAAGCAGCUAAAAUCACUUCAUUUAAUGAAUUUUUCCCUGAGUUACAAAGAAAUGGAUUUAUAUAAUCUUCUCUGAAUGAUUCUAUUGAAUUCUUCCCUGAAUGAGUUAGAUCCCCAUCCCAACCACUGACAAUUAUGUUUUCUAGCACAAGGCAGCGUUAAAAGGAAUUAUUUUUUAGUAUUUCUUUUCAUACCAAUAAAAACGAUAGUAUAGUUUCCUAAACACUCCUUCAUGGUAAUCAUGAGGACUAAAGAUUCUAGCAUAUUAAAGAUUUACCCUCCAGCACAUUCAGAGGGUAAGCACCAUUUAAAUUUCCCUCUCGGGGAAUUUGAAAUAAAAGACUUGUCUUGGAUACUCCCACAAAAGGUUGUAUUUAUUCAGCAAAUUUUGGCAAAAAACUUUUUUUUGUUUGCUUAAAACAUUCUGGUACUAUAUAAGGAACAACAAACCAAAAUGUAUGUAGUGUUUGUAAUAUCACUCUCAA